AUAAAAAGUUCGGUACAGUGAGAAAGUUCCGAUAUGAUUCGUUCAAAACUAUACUAUAUAUAUACUUGGCACCUCCUUGUUCCUUUAACUUAAUCACACUAAGAAAGUUCGAAAACUAAAGCACCUAUAUAUAUAUUUGCAACCUCAUCGGCAUUCAUAAGAGCAAGAAUAAUGGACGUGUUAUCGAUGAGCAGUUUAAAAACAGUACCUAACCAGUGGUGUGGAGUCCCAGAGCGAAAAAGAGGGGUGGUUUCAUGCAGAGCGACAAGGGUAGCAAACAGCAACAGUAACUUGUACAAGGUGCUGUCACUGAGUCCCAAGAGUGCAACAAUGGAUGAUAUCAAGAGAGCAUACAGAUCAAUGGCUCUAAGGUACCACCCUGACGUCUGCCAUGACCCUUCCAAGAAAGAUGAAUCCACAAGGCUUUUCGUGCAGCUCAAUCAAGCUUAUGAGACCUUGUCUAAUCCCACCCUCAAACAAGAGUACGAUCAUCAAUUAGGCUUGAUAACCGCUCAUGAUGAAAACUCCAGAAAGAGGUGGAAGGAACAACUAGCUGAGUUGAAGACAAGGUCCCAUAGAAAACAGGGAUCAUGGGGUAGUAGAAUGAGGGCCCAAAACGUUAUCAUCAUGAUGAACAACCACAACUAGUACCACUUUAUUAAAUUUACUUAUAUUAUGCACUGUCGUGCAAUUACAUCUAUUUUUUUGGAUGAUUAUUCAGACGGUGAAUGAAAAUAUUAGUUAUUUUUGA